AUGGAAACAAUAGAAGAAAAACGCGUGUACGUAAAAUUUUGUUUUAAAUUAAGGAAAAGUUCUAGUGGAACUUUUGAACUUUUGAAGCAAGCUUUUGGAGAUGAUGUUCUGUCUCGGACAACAUUUUUUGAGUGGUUUAAUCGGUUUAAGGAAGGUAGGACAUCCAUUGAGGAUAACGAACGAUCUGUUAGACCCUCGACCAGUAAAACAAAUGAAAUUGUUGCUCUUAAUCGUGAAAUUAUUCGAAAUAAUCGACGAUUAACUAUCAGAGAAGUUGCAGAAGACGUCGGAAUAUCUCAUGGUUCUUGCCAAGAAGUAUUAACCAAAAAAUUGGGCAUGAGCCGAAUCGCAGCCAAAUUUGUUCCUCGUCUCAUUGACACGGUAAUAAAAGGUUAA